UGUUCUUCUCUCUACUAAAGCAUCAUGACAAUAGCAGGUUUGUCUCAUUGUAUGCACAAGUCCGCCUUGCUAUCGCCAACUCGAUCCGUGAGGCCGUUUCUGGCUAGAAACACAACAAAUCGAAGUUCUGGAAAGUUCUCUAGCGGCACUCUGCCUGUACGUGCUUUGCAAUUUUCAUUACCCGCUUGGUGGCCUAGUACAAACACAUCUGGCGUCGUAGUCGAGGCUACCUUUGCCCGGUGAAACCUGAAAAUCGGGUCAUUGAUGCUCAUUUGCAAGAUAAAAGCACGACAGAGAAGAAUGGGUCUUGCUGCCCCAGCAGUCGUGCUCCUGCUGUUGGCCUUGUCUAUACUGUACUUGGCUUGGCAUCAUCAGCCAAACGCAAGAAUGGGAAUAACGGCAAGUGCUAGCAAAUCCGGCUGGCAGCCUGCGCCUGAUGACAGCGUACCAAGGAAAGUGUCAAAAUUGGGGUAUGACAUCACGCCGCUGACGCAAGGAAAGCUCAAGGAGGAGGCAGCCAAGGUCGAUGCAAACACCAGAUAUAUUGCAUUGGAAGCUGGAACAGAGCGAGCUUUUACUGGCAAGACCAUCAAUGGCUAUUCCCAUGACAACAAGAAGGAGGGAGUUUGGGUCUCAGCGAUUGGCGGACUGCCCCUCUUCUCAUCAGACACCAAGUUUGACUCUGGCACAGGAUGGCCUAGCUUCUAUGCUCCCAUUGAUCCUGAGCAUGUCAUUGAGGUGAAAGACUCCUCAAUUCCCUUCAUGCCUCGGACGGAAGUGAUCGAUGCGAGGUCAGGCGCACAUCUUGGGCAUGUCUUCAAUGACGGGCCAAGGCCGACUGGAAAGAGAUACUGCAUGAAUGCUGGAGCUCUCAAGUUCAUUCCCAAGGGAGAGGACAUGCCAGCAGAGUCCAAGCCAGUAUCUUGAACAAAUAUGGGCGUGAAAUCGGACAAUUCCUGCUGUGUAGACAUGUGCUGAACCGUUCACAUCUUUGCAUGACGUUACAUUGACCUGUGGUGCUCAGUACAGUCAACAUCAUUGACUGGCAAGCCACAUAUGUUUCACCUCAACGGUGAUUCCAUGGCCUCCAAUUUUUGGACAAGUUCCUGGUGCUCAUGAUCGAUUGUUGUUUAGGGCGCAAAGAUAUAUCAUCAACCUUAUGUAAGACAGCUGCCAAGU